UGAGGGCUAAAAUCAAUGAAAACCGAGUCAUUAUUGGUGCAAAUGUGUUUACAUAUCAUUAAGUACGCGACAAGAUACGGGCGAGAUAGCCGUAUUUUCAAAACACGUUUGACAAGUGAAGUACGGUUGACUGGUUCUGUUCUAAAAAAAGAUCACUUUUGCUAGCUGUUUUUAAUUUUAUGUGUAGCCUAACCGCAUAGUUAAUAUUUAUAAGAAUCUCUUGAUUUGAGAUAAGACCGCAAGCAAAGAUUUUGCGGCGAGAGUGGGACCUCUCUGCCUUUUUCACGAAGGCUGGAGUUAUUUUCAACUUGCGGUUUUCGAAAACAGUGUUCACCUUUGUAGUUAUUACAAGAGGAACAAGGGGUAGAUUUUGAACUUGAAAGAUUUACACGAGAUUUCAAAUGACAAUCCAAUCAGAUCGGCCGGAUUUUAAAGCAGUCGCAGAUGUUUUAAGAUCAAGGUUUUACUGAUUCUGGUCACACCACAGAUCAACUGAAUUUACCAUGGUGGAAAGCAUUUUUGGAGGGAAAACUUCCUACGCACUAGAUUGCCACGAAAGGAAUGUUUUUCAGCCGCGACUAGCGGAAAGACGGCUUUCCAUACAAUCGACACAUUUGAACACCAUCUCCGAAACUGGCGACGAUUGUCCGCCGUCCAACUACGCGGCUAGCAUUGAAGAAAACACAGCAAAUGACGCGCCAACCUUUUACCGUCGACCUAGGACAAUGUCCUUACCAGCGAUCUACAGGGACGGCUCGUAUUUAAGAAUUAAGAGCUGCUCGAAUACAUUGAGCCCUUGUAAGCGCAGAUAUUCGGAGCCAAGUGGUAUCGCGACGCAACAUAUUAUUCAUCGCUUAUCACUGCGUUCGAGUGACAGCAGUGAAAGUGAAAAUGGCUUUUGCAAAAGACCUUCGAUUAACAGCUUGGAGGCAAGGUGUUUAGUCCACGAGAGCAGUCUUGCGGAUGUAAUAGCGCUUCGACGUCACUCUGAUCCGAUGUGUUACACGAGAGAAAACGUGGAUCGAUUAGGAGUUUCAAGAGAACGACGGGGUAAGUCGACAGGUAAGGACUCAAUCACAUGCCUCAAAGUGAAAAACUUAUCAGACAGUGUCAAAUCCAAAACGAGAAUUGAUAAUGAACAGACUGGCCAACAUGUGAGACGGCGAAAGUCUUCGCUCGUCCCUGUACCUUUACACUCGGCGCAACAAAAGACAAAAGAGGCUCAAUGUAAGACAUCAAACGGCCGUCCUUUAUCCUUCCCUCCCAGCAAAAGAAGCUACAAUAGACAAAGUAGUCUACCAGAGUUAAAAGCAACCGCAUAUUUAAACAAACAGCGUAAAGCUGCAAAGGGAAGCGACAGUACUGCUGCCAACGCCGAUGAAUAUCUUGUAAACGAAGAACUAUUAGAACUGGACUCUGACGAAUCAAAGGAUGACAAAUAUACCGCAAAUGCAGACAUCUUGGUCCAAUGGAUGAAAUUUUUCGGCUGAUCGUUUGAAAUGCUCUACACGCAGGGCCGUGAAACAAAACUAUUAUUAAAACUAACAGAUGACAAUAAAUGGUUUUUUACUUUCUCUUUUUUAACCGUUCAUUCAGAUCAAAAUCCACUGAAGACGAUGUAUUGUUUGUUUUCAAAUAAUAAUUAGAACUGAGAAAAGUAUUUCCGACCUACUCAUUGUUUUGUUUGCCUAAGAAAUUUGAACGUUAUCUGAGUGGCCUUUUGGAAGCAAGAGAUCGGAAGUUGUCUUAAUUAUGCUUUGGUGCUAACGACCGAAGGACAAGAAGAAGGAGAAGAACCGAAUUGUUAAAUUAUUACUAAUCGCUGAUGCAAAUUCAAGAGAGCAAUUUUACGACGCCCGGCAGAAAUCUUUCUUUGUUUAACAAGAACUGAAAGAGCUCAGAAGAAUUGCUUCCUUACCGCUUUCUUAUCGCAUUAUAAACCACAAACAACUUCAAAACGUUCACCAAAUACGCUGACUCAUCAACCUCCAAACUCCAUCAUUUUCAAUCUUUAUACCAAGCUAUGGACGCAAAUUUCAAAGGAGUUUUAACAUCAUGAAUUCAGUAGAGACAAAUGAAUGGAAAGGGUCGAAAGCAUUUACUGAUACGCCGUAUCACUUAAGUUUUCAGAAACGCGAAGCUGCGAAGACACCUUCAAAUGCUGCUAUAAAUCAUGCAAAUUUGACCGAAAAAGGUUAAAGGCAGAAUAUUUAUAACACCUUACGAGAAUAUCUUGAAGAGAAACAGCUGCCAGAAAAAAAAAAUUAAAUACAGGAAAAUUUACAUUCUAGAAGAAAAUAAAGUUAUCACAAACAUAAAGGGCACAUUUCGAUAUUAUUUUCAUUUUCUAUGUCGGAAACCGUGUUACGAGUUUCUUUUAAGAUGCUUUUAAAACAUUAUUCCACAGUUUGAAUUAAAUAGGAUCUUUAUCGCUGCUGCCACUGACGUUUUUUGCAUACAAAAAGAUGACUUUCAAUUAUUAAGUUUUAGAUAACCAUCGAUUUGGGGCAAAUUAGCGAUUGGCUGUCAAAACGAAAUUAUGUUUAUAGUUACUAUUUGGCACGCAGUGCUAAAAAGCUGUAAAACCUUCCUUUCCCUGUUGGAAAUCGCACGAUCAAAACAAAGUAAUGAAAGCCCCAGCAGGCUUUAUUCAAUGUUCAACUCGUUAUUAGUAAAAAUAAAAAUUUGCCUUUGUAACAAGACAGAGACAUUCGCGCCUUUA